AUGCGAGCACAAGUGUUAGAGGCGUUCAACACGCCUUACAAAUUUCAAGAUGUCCCCGUCCCGUCCAGCCCAACCGGUCAAGAUAUCUUGGUUAAGGUCGGAGCGGCAUCAUACUGCCACACGGACGCGGUCUUUGCGUCUGGUGCGAUGUGGCAAGACCUGCCACGGAUCGGCUCGCAUGAGUUUGCCGGCACAAUCGUCGCCCUCGGCCCGGAUGUUUCACCAAAGUUGAAUCUCAAAGUCGGCAUGCCGGUGGGCGUCCCCGGUCGAGCAUUUCAUCCCUGCGGAUCGUGCUACGAAUGCCUCAACAACGACGGUGAUCCAGAGAAGUACGGGGUAUGGUGCCCCAAGGCUGGCAACCUAGGUCUCUCGGCCAAUGGUGGCUUUCAGGAAUAUUGCAUAGCAGAUUCUCGCCAGAUAGCCCCCAUGCCCGAGGGUAUGACGGCGGUCGAUACCGCUCCACUCAUGUGCGCGGGUCUGACUAUCUGGAACGCACUUGAGAGGGCAGGAGUCAAGAUGGAAUCAGGGGGCGGAAAGGGGCUUACGAUCGCCAUUUCCGGAGCUGGCGGUGGCCUUGGACACUUGGGAGUACAGUUCGCCGCGAAGCUGGGAUGCAAGGUCGUAGCCAUUGAAGCAUCUGACCCGGCAUUGGCUCUGUUGAAAGACGUUGUCAAGGAUCUGGGAUCUUCAGGCGAGGGCGUCACUAUUGUUGACGCGAGGAAAGAGCCUGCAGAAGACGUUCGGGUGUCCAUCUUUGGAUCUCCCGAGCCCAGUCUGGAGGGCGAGAAGGGUGUGGACGGCGCCCUCAUUCUCCCCGAAUCUCAGAAAGCUUUCGAGUAUGGGAUGAAGCUGAUCAAGAACCACGGUGUUUGUGUGACGGUCAGUUUCCCCAAGGAGGGUUUUCACAUGCAACCGCGGGACCUAGUUUUCCGCCACAUCUCCAUGGUCGGCGUCCUGGUCGGUCGGAACCGGCAGCUCAGAGCCAUGUUGAACUUUGCGGCGAAGGAGGGAGUGAGGGCCAGAGUGACCACCUACAAGUUGGAGCAACUAAACGAGCUUGUGGAGGAUUAUCACAAGGGUGCAAGCGGAAAGUUGGUCGUGGACAUGUCCAAGUGA